AUGUUCUUUCCCCAAGAUGCGGUCCAACUCCAUUACCCGGUUCUUGAAACCGGGUUCACUGCCAGUGAAAUUCAAGAACUCUUAUCCCUAUUUGAGUCUCCCACCCGUAGCCCAGACUCCGGUUUGGAGGGUUCCAACUCAAACUCAAACUCAAACUCAAACCGGGUGGUUUACUCGGUUGAUGAGAGAAAGCGAAGGCGCAUGAUAUCAAACCGCGAGUCAGCUCGACGGUCCCGCUGGAGAAAGAAGCAGCAUUUAGAGAACCUUGAGGUUGAAGUGAACCGGUUAAAAAUACAGAACCAGGAGCUGAAGAAGCUGUUGGGUUCAGUUUUAGGGCAGUGUCACGUGUUAUGGAGAGAGAAUGACCAGUUGACAACUGAAUAUUUAGGUCUCCAAGCCAGACUUUCUGAUCUACGCCAUGCUUUAGUUGCCAUGCAUUCAAAAUAA